AUGUCAAUAAACGGAGUAAUAUUGAAACCAAACUAUAUAAAACUAUUAGAAUCAAGCGAACUUCCUUUUGAAAUAAGUAGUGAUGGAAUAGAACAUCUAAAGUACAAAAGCAAAACAUCAAGACAAAAUCUCACAAUAGUAUCAAAUAAUCCACAACCAGAUCAACCUAAAUUAAAAAUAACAGCACAAGAUGGAUACAUAUACUUAACAACAAAAAGACUCAUAUACAUAACAUUAACUCAGGGAGAUAUAGAAUCAUUUGUAAUAGAUCUAACAUUAGCUUCUGUCUUGAAACUAAAUCAUAAGUUAAUAUCACCAUGGUUUGGUGCAAACUACUGGCAAUUUUUAUUCUUUUCAGCUAAACAACCGUCUUUUGUAAGUGAUGGGUUUCCUCCAGAACAGUAUUACAAAGGUGAGAUUAAAUUUUUAGAUGGUGGUUUAUUUGAGUUUAUUGAACAACUUAAUGCAGUUUUGAAUGAUGUUGUGAAUAAUCGAGAUAUUGAUGAUCAUUUACCUGCUUAUAGUGCACAAUAA